AUGAUCGGAUCAUAUCUAUCUGGAACACAAUAUCUUGUUAUUCUUUAUCGUAUUCUUGGUGCCAAGAUAGCACCUGAUGUCAUUCUACAUAAUAUCACUUGUUUUACUGAUCCUCAUCUGACAACUAUUGGUAAUCAUGUUCGUUUACAUAUGGGUGCUCAUAUUCAGUGUCAUACAUUUGAACAACGUUUGUUCAAAUUGGUGCCAGUGACUAUUAAUGAUUCAAGCGUGAUUAUGAGUAAUGCAUUGAUACUUUCCGGAGCACAACUGCAAGGACAGAAUCGUCUACUCCCGUGGACACUUGUGAUGAAGGAUGAUCAAGUAUCAGCUAAAACGAAUUGA